AUGACCAUGUCUCUGUGGAUAUCUGGGCUUCUGCUCAUUAGCAUCACAGGAACUCAUGGACUAAGCCGCUUUCCAGAAAAUUUUGUUGUGGCAAAAAUGAAUGAUGCAAAGCCCGUCAUACUGACCUGUGGAACGGAGGGACCUGUCACAUGGAAACAUGGUGAUCUUGUGCUAGAAGACUAUGGGGACGACAUUAUUCAGCACAAAGGUCAAAAUCUGAGCUUCUCAGAUGUCGGUUCACCCAUCUUGGGGGAGUACAGCUGCUGGGCUGGUGAGAAGAUGAUAUCUUCAACCUAUCUACUGCUGGAGGCUCAGGAGGAAGAAGAUUUAGGUUCUCUGAUCAGCUGUAGGGCAAACUCUUAUAACUGCAACUUCACCUGUAAUUGGAAUGACACUAGAUACUCAGUGCGUCUUGGACUGGGCCCUGAAUGCACUGAAGGUGGGAAGUCGUGUCACUGGGUCAGCAGCUAUGAUCUCCAGGGUGGGGUAUUCCAGUUUGUGCUGUCACACUCCCUCUCACCCUACGCUGAGGAAAGCACCAUGCUCGAACUCACCGCCCAGGCCAUUUUGAACCACUCCAUCCACAAGAUAAAAAAGACGUUUUAUCUCAGAGACAUCAUCCGACCCGAUAGUCCCAAGAUUGUCAAGUGGCAGGACGUGGGACAGGAGCUGAAAGUGACCAUUGACCCGCCGUCCACGUGGUCCACUCCUCUCAGUUUCUUCCGUCUGGAGCAUGAAAUCAAAUACAUACGUAAACAUGAUGGCAAGGCUGGAAGCUCUCUGUCUGCCCUGAUACCAAAGGGCAUCGUUAAGAUGAAGGUUCGGUCCAGAGACCUGCUGGUGUCUUCAAAGUGGAGCGAGUGGACUCCGUGGAAAAAUGUAACCCAGUGAUAUUAUUCAAAGCUGAAACGGUCUGCUUACUGCUCUGUCUUUGUCCUUAAUUUCCUCUUCCAUCCUCUCACAUGUCUCCCUUUGGCCAAGAGAUAAGACAACACUCACCAGAAGCUCAGGGAUAAGUCAGGAGUUUUCAUUUACAAAGCAUUUAUGUGUUAUUUAUUUUUAUUCCUGACCAUGUUCAAGUUAUUUAUUUGUUUAUUUAUUUGUUAUUUAUAGUAAAUACUGUAUGUUCCACAAUUUUGGGUGGUACGUUUGUCAUGAGAAGUAUUUCAGAGUUCAGAGUUGAUAUUUUUUGUGUAUUUUGGCGAUCUGAUGUGCAAAAAAACCAUGUCUAUUAAAAGCUUGUGCUUCC